AUGUUUGCUAGAAUGGAGGACGUCGAUAGAUGUGAGGAGGAGCUUCUUGAGUAUGCCAUUCGAGAGAGUAUUCGAGAUGUAUCAAUAGACAGCAUACCAGCAGUCAGUGGUGACUAUCUGAGGAUAGUGACUGCCAUCGAGCAAGGUGAUGUGUGUACCCUGCAGGAGCUGUCUGGGUUGCAGGCUUUCACAGAGAGGGACAGCAGAGGGUGGCUUCCCCUACACAGAGCCGCUGUGCAGUCCCAGGGAGAGGUCUUGGAUCAGGUCCUGCUGGCUUCCUGUGAUGUGUCUGUGGAUGAUGUGACUGCAGACGGUGACACAGCGUUGAUUCUGGCUGCUCAGGAGGGUCUGCUGGAGAACGUCAGGACUCUACUGCAGCAUGGAGCGUCUCCACACAAAACCAACAGCCUGAACGAGUCCCCACUGCUGCUCGCGGUGAGACAGGGAUCAUAUGACAUGGUGUCCACUCUGAUCAUUUGUGGGGCCUUCGUGGAACAGGUGUGUCUGAAGAAGUGGAUGGCCAUUCACGAGGCAGCCAAGGUGGGCUGCAGUGCCAUCCUGGUGCUUCUGCUGAGACAUGGGGCCAAGGUGACAGCUGUAGAUGGGCACAAUGUCACCCCGCUGGGCAUCGCAGCAGAGUACGCCCACGUGGAAGUCCUGGAUAUACUCAUAAAGAACGGUGGCGACGUGAACGCCCAGGCGUAUAACGGAGACAGUGUUCUGUACGAUGCAGCCGGCUCAGGGAACCUGGACUGCAUAUACCUCCUCCUGCAAGCUGGAGCCAACCCAAACAUAGCCAGUCUGGCCUGCCAGCUGCCCAUACACAGAGCUGCCUAUGAGGGACACAUCCUUGCUCUGAGGACCUUCAUCCCCAUCACAACUAAGAGAGCCAUCCGUCUGUCUGGCCAGAGCCCAGUCCACUCGGCAGCAGAUGGAGGCCAUGUUGACUGUCUGGAGCUGCUCAUAGAGAAAGGCUUCGAUGUCAACGCUCAGCUGGACACACACAUCUCAGAGAACUACGGGGACAUGAGGCGGAGUCCGCUGUACUUCGCCGUAUCCAACAGUGAUCUCACCUGCACAGAGAUGCUGCUGGCUGCCGGCGCCAAAACUGACCUGGACCCGCUACGCUGCUUCCUGGUGGCUGUACGCGCUGGGAGGUAUGAGCUGGUGCGUCUGCUAUUGUCCAGGGGUGCUGAGGUCAACUGCUACUUCAGAAUGAUCAGUGACACACUGUUUCCCACCGCGUUGCAGUACUGUCUCAGAGAUCACAUGAUGCUGCGCCUGCUGCUCAACAACGGCUACGAUGUAGACAAGUGCUUCAUGUGUAACCAUGGCAACGGGCAGGAUAUGGACUGCGACUCCUGGGUCGACUACCGAAAUAACCAUAGAAGAACUUUAUUUUAUAACCAGGACUGCAGAGCUCCGGUGAGUCCUUUCUGUGAAAUCAUCUCCCUGUCGUCGGUGGUCAACCUGGCGGGGAGUGUGGUACGGAUGCUUCUGGACUACGUCAGACACCCACGUAUCUGCCCCAACCUCCUACGGGUCCUGGAGAAACAGAAAGAGUGGCCAGACAUCUGUGACAUUCUGGACAACCCGCGGUCCCUGCAGCACCAGUGUCGUUUGGUCAUUAGGAGACAGAUGACCCCUAGAAGACUGAAUGACCCUCAGGUCAUGGCUGCCGUACCGUUCCCCCCUUCACUCAAACACUACCUCACCUACAUGGAGAACGACGAGUAUGGUGGGUUGGCAGUCACACACUCAUAAGAGGACUAUAUCAAUGAAAACAUAUUUAGAAGAAAAAAUUAUCCUGUUCUGUACAUAACUG